CAUUAUUAAGUACUGAAUGAGAUUCCACUUCCGACAUGACCGGUGAACUUUGAGCGUCAUGAUCCGAUUUGUUAACGACUUUCAAAUCAUUUUGCAUCAUAUCUCUUUUUUGCAGGCAUGUGUUGCGACUCGAUACCUGUGUCGAAUGCGUUGUAAAGAUUGAAUCUUCCUGGCUGGAGCGCAGGUACCGUGGAUCAACUACCAGUUGAAAAACUUCAUCGGAUUCGCAGCAGGGCAAUCCAACUAUCCAGCACACUACGUGGCCUAGCACGAUGUCGUUCGUUUCCGUGCCGAUCACAGAACAGCCUGCAGACCUGAGCUUAGCAGAUACGGAGCACACGGAAAUAACCCCCAGAGAGAGGGAUUUGGGUGGACAAGAGGGACAAGGAUGCCAACACCUUGCCGAGGGUAGUCAAGCACCCCCCGCCCGUUCGUGCUCAAAUAGCAAUGACCUUGUUCCACUCUUCCGUGUUCCAGACGAGAUCCUUAGGGAAAUCUUGAGGCACGGCGUUCAGAUGGAGGUUGAUGGGGGUGGCAGCAGUUUUCAGAAGACAAUGUCGCACGUGUCUAUGCGAUGGCGAACUGUAGCCAUCUCUGAUCCAUCUCUCUGGACCCGUGUUCCUGUGUGCCCGGAGGAAACCCUACAAUUCCUUCAAACGCGUAUUCAUCGUGCUGUGGAUAUGCCGAUUGAUGUUGACAUUCAUCCUUGGCCGACACAGCUCACCAGAUUUGCACCACACCUGUUACUCCCUCAACUGGACACCAUUCGCCAGUGCGCAAGUCUGUGGCGCUCACUCACCAUUCGGUGUGGAAAGACGGAACAGAUGUUCUCUACUGUUCUGCUCUACUUCAUGGGCCACAGGACGUUUCUGCCAUCCCUCGAAUGUGUGAGGCUGUAUGGAUGGGAUGUGCAAGUUAUGCCUUGGUCACGGGCACUCUUCUUUGAUGAACGUUGCACUCCAAGGAUUUCUACCCUUAAGGUCGACAACAUAAAGAUAUGCACCGGUAGUCUCGAUUCCCAGAAUUCUAGAAUCACCACUCUCAUUCUCACAAGAGACGCAAAAGCAGAGAUGGUGACUACGGCCCCUAAAGAUUUCUUUCGUGUUCCCUCCUCGUUCUCUCUCGCCUCAUUGGUAAUCCACGGUCUCGUGGUCGAUAUUCCUUAUGUGUCGUCCACCGACGGUCAUCAAUACUCCACUCUCCGCACCCUAGACAUCCACGGCAUCAAUUGCGCGCGUUUCUCCCCGCUUACCUUCACUCUUGCAUUGAUGUUUCCUGGUGUCACGCACCUCAAUUUGACAGGGCCACGGGCUGCCCCCUCGUUACUCGAAGCUGUACGACGAGUAUCUGCAGAUGAGAUAUGGCCGGGCCUUCAGAAGCUCGUACUGAAUGGUUUUGUUGCCCAUGAAUGGUCACAAAUCCAUCGUUACCUUCAAACAUAUAACAGAGGCGACUGCGAAGUUAGCUAGGACACCCCAAGGAUGACUUCGCGGUGCUAAAUCCCGUCGAUGCUCCCAAACAUCCGCUGUAGAGUAUGUAGUAUAGUAUAUAUGUACGAUCGCUGAGCACAACAUCCAAUCACUACAUUUUUUAAACGAA